UACCUGGACGAGCUACCUGGAGGAGCCACCACGGUUAGCCAUAGCUAGCUAGCUAGUGUAGCCAGUAAACUGUUAUAGAGAAUGUGCCCAUUCGAUUAAGACGUUUGAUUUUUGUACAAUUAUUUUUUUUAGCUAAAGUCUAGGUUGAAGAAGGCAAGGUAUCAGCAAAUGGUGAUGAGCCUUCGCGUAUCAGAGCUACAAGUGUUACUAGGCUACGCAGGACGCAACAAACACGGGCGCAAACACGAACUGUUGACCAAAGCCUUGCACCUCCUUAAGGCCGGCUGCAGCCCCGCUGUCCAGAUGAAGGUGAAGGAGCUUUACAGACGCCGCUUCCCAACCAAGAUGGUGUCUCCGUUGGAUCUGGCCCUGCCCAGUGUCCACUCCACCCUGUCUGGAGGCCUCACCUCGCUGGGGUUUGACAGCCACGGGUCCCCCUCGCCUCUCUCCCUGCUUGGGCCCAAACACGAGCUGGGCCUUCCCCACCUGCCUUCCUCCCUUCACCCCGUACACCCUGACGUCAAGCUGCAGAGACUGCCUUCCUCCCUUCACCCCUUACACCCUGACGUCAAGCUGCAGAGACUGGCCUUUUACGACAUGCUGGAUGAGCUCAUCAAACCCACCAGCCUGGCCUCAGACAACAGUCAGCGGUUUCAGGAGACGUGUUAUGCCUUCGCGUUGACGCCUCAGCAGGUCCAGCAGAUCAGCAGCUCCAUGGACAUCUCUGGGACAAAGUGUGACUUUGCGGUCCAGGUUCAGUUAAGGUUUUGUUUAUCAGAGACGAGUUGUACCCAGGAGGAUCAUUUCCCAUCCAACCUGUGUGUUAAAGUCAACAGCAAACCCUGCAACCUCCCGGGCUACCUUCCUCCAACCAAAAACGGAGUGGAACCCAAACGGCCGAGUCGCCCCAUCAACAUCACGUCACUGGUCAGACUGUCCACCACAGUACCAAACACUAUCGUGGUGUCAUGGACCUCCGAGAUAGGCAGGAGUUUCUCCAUGGCAGUUUACCUGGUCAGACAGCAGACGUCCACAACCCUGCUACAGAGACUACGAGCCAAAGGCAUCCGCAACCCAGACCACUCCAGAGCUCUCAUCAAAGAGAAGUUAACGGCAGACCCUGACAGUGAGAUUGCGACCACCAGUCUACGAGUCUCUCUACUCUGUCCGCUGGGGAAGAUGCGCCUGAUGAUCCCGUGCAGAGCGUUGACGUGUUCUCACCUCCAGUGUUUCGACGCUACGCUUUACCUCCAGAUGAAUGAGAAGAAGCCCACCUGGGUGUGUCCUGUCUGCGAUCAGAAGGCCCCUUACCAACACCUCAUCAUCGACGGGUUGUUCAUGGAGAUCCUAAACAGUUGUGAGGACUGUGAUGAGAUCCAGUUUAAGGAGGAUGGGAACUGGUAUCCCAUGAGGUCGAAGAAGGAGGUCACGGAGGUGUCUGCUUCAUUCAACGGGGACGACGACUCGUGUCGGACAGUAGAAUCGGAGCCCCACAGGAACAGCUCAUCCCACAGCAAUACCAAUAAGGUGGUGGUGAUUGAUCUGACUCUGGACAGCUCCUCAGACGACGAUCUGGACGAUGAGCCUCCUCUCAAGAGGGCCUGUCCCUCCUCCUCGCUGUCCCCUGCCUCGCCGCCUGCCAGCAAGGGAGUGUUGAACCUCCCCAGCCAGGUGUCUCCGGUGGCCAGAGCUCCCAGCAUGCCUCCUGUUGAGACCAGCUAUAUCCCUCCUCCUCCUCCUCUCAUACAGGACUACAGCCACUACUACCACACCCCCAACGACCUGGACCUCAACUUCUUCUCAUUCCUCCAGGGAGACAACCAUCAGCAUUACAACGUGGUGAUGGCUGCAGCAGCUGCUGCCUCGGCUUCAGAAGACCAUGAACUUCUCCUCAACCGCUUCCUGCCGUAUAGCUCCUCCCAGAUGUUCCUGGACCAACCAGGGACCCCCGGGGGCGGGAGCAACGCCCUGCCAGCAGCCAAUGGGGGCAGCAACAGCGGGAGCAGCUCUAGUCUUGUUUCAUCCAAUAGUUUAAGGGAGAGGGAUGGAGAGAGGGAUGGAGAGAGGGAUAGAGAUGGGGACAGCCAGUCGAGCAGGUCUGAAGCAGCGGUCAUAUAUGGCUCCACACCAGACGUGAUCUCGUUAGACUGAAGGGAUGUGAAGGGAGGCGGGAGAUCGUUCACAGAACGGGGAAAACAACUUGAGGGAGAUAAUAGAAAUGGAAGGAGACGAAUAAUGAAAAAGUAGUUGAAAACAAUGCUAAUGUACAGAGAGGAAAAAUCUAUUUUCAAUUUGACUUAUUAUAUCUAUAAGCUCCCGACGACGACGAUGAUGAUGAUGAGUAACUUCAGUUGAUAUUUUUCUGUGGAUACUGAAGAUUUUUUUCACAGCCUCUUCCUUCACGUGCCCCCCCCCCCCCAUUCCCCUCCCCCCUCCCUCCCCCGAUUAUAUCUGACCUUUUGUACUUCGUUUUUACUGUUUUAUUUCAAUAUUCCACGUCGACGGCAUUAUUUUUGUCUCUAAACAUGUUUGGACUUGUGCUUCGGAGCGAGAAGAGGAAUUUGUCCGUUUGUUUUUCGUCAUCACUGUAGAUUUUAUUUUUUUCCUUUUUAAAACGUUCAUUUCUUACUGUGGUCAAUAAUAUUGUAUUUAAUUAUUUUCAAGGUAUUAUUUAUUAUAUGCUUUUAAGUUGUGUUGGAUCAAUGUGUGCUGUGUAAAAAGCAUUCCCUAUGCUGAUGUGGUUUCCACUAGGAUCACACAGGCUAGCCUGGGUGCAGUCUCUCUGCUGUCAUGCAUAACAACGAGUGGAACGGUAGCACAGACAGACUGGUACCCAGGCUGGGUAUACAUCCACUACUGUGGUUUCUCUGGUUUGUGUGCUCAUCUCUCUCUUCUCUUUCACUUUACUGGAGCCUCCAUCCUUAGUUCUUUUCACAUUUUAAAGAAAUAUUAGGAAAAUAGUAUUGAAAUUGGCAUCAUAGUUACACACAGCAAAUUUAAAUGAUUGAUGUGGGGGAAAGGAGAGGAGGACAGAAUGAUUUAAAUCCGGUGUAUUACUGUUGGUACCUUAUUAAAUGUCAGCACUAUUUUCAUGCAGG